CGCACGCGUUGCGCCGGAAGUUCCGAGGCGCCGGCCGAGGAUGGCGGGGGAGCGCGUGCCCGUGCCUCGGCUCGAGGGCGUCUCUGCGGAGCGCUUUAAGCAGCACCUCUACCCACAGAGAAAGCCUCUGGUGUUGAGAGGACUUGAUCUGGGGCCGUGUACCAGCAAGUGGACGGUGGACUACCUAAGCCAUGUUGGAGGGACAAGAGAGGUGAAGGUCCACGUCACCGCCGUCGCACAGAUGGACUUCAUCAGUAAGAACUUUGUGUAUAGAACUUUACCUUUUAACAAGUUGAUCCAGAGGGCAGCUGAAGAAAAGCACGAGGAAUUCUUUAUUUCAGAGGAUGAGAAAUACUACUUACGAUCACUUGGAGAAGAUCCUAGAAAGGAUGUUGCAGAUAUCAGAAAGCAGUUUCCUUUGUUAGAAGGCGAUAUUAAGUUUCCAAAAUUCUUCGAGGAGGAGCAGUUCUUCUCUAGUGUUUUCCGAAUUAGUUCACCUGGAUUACAACUUUGGACCCACUAUGAUGUGAUGGAUAACUUCUUAAUACAAGUGACAGGAAAAAAGCACAUUACACUGUUCAGUCCUCGUGAUGCCCAGUAUUUAUAUUUGUCAGGUUCUAAAUCAGAAGUGGUAAACAUCGACAAGCCAGACUUGGCUAAAUAUCCACUCUUCUCCAAGGCCAGAAGGCAUGAAUGUUCCCUUGAAGCUGGUGAUGUGUUAUUCAUUCCUGCUUUAUGGUUCCACAACGUCAUUUCUGAAGAGUUCGGAGUGGGAGUGAAUGUCUUUUGGAAGCACCUUCCGUCUGAGUGCUACGAUAAAACAGACAUGUAUGGAAACAAAGAUCCCACCGCAGCAUCAAGAGCUGUGCAGAUUUUGGACCGAGCCCUGAAAACCCUGGCUGAGCUACCUGAGGAAUACCAGGACUUCUAUGCUCGGAGAAUGGUCUUGCACAUUCAAGACAAAGCCUACAGCAACAACUUUGAGUAAAAUAAGGAAGUGAGUGCAGUGAAUGUAGAAUGUAUGAUAAGAGUUGGUUGAAAUAUGGAGAGGGUAACAGGAUGGAAAUUAAUUUUUAAACAUUGAUGCAUUGUUAAAAACCAAACAAUAACCUCA